AUGGCGUCCUAUCGCUUGGUUGCGAUGAAAGGCAUGGACAUUGGCACCAUCACGUCCUGCCAGAAGAUCAAGCUUUACUGCUCGAUCGGUAUUUCCCACGAUGAGACCGUUCCUGACCAGCCCCUUCAACUUCUGCGCUGCCCCGACUGGGGCUGCGCAGAGCACAUGAAGGUGUCGGCUGACGGCCUGCUAAUGUUCACAAGCCAUGACAAGAAAGUCUGCUUCUGGGCCAUGCCUGAUUGCUCCGUGACAUACCUUGAAGCACACUGCGGCGAGACGAAGCUGAUAACCUGCCGCGGGUUGCCGCACUCGGCAGCGGCACUUGCAUUGGUCUACGACUUCGCCCUCGCCUUGGCGGUGAAGCAGCAGGUGUACCUCUGGCCGCUGUACCCUGCACAACUUCGGAUUGGCAAGAAGCCGAGCCUCCUGACGCAUUCUGCCGAUGUCCUGCUUCUGGCCAAUGACGGGAACAAGCUGCUCACAGGAUGCAGCAACAGCAUGCUGACCAUGUAUUGGCUCCAGUGGAUGGAUGGGGCCGAGGAUGUGCAGGUGAACAUCGACUGGCGCCUCAACGUGACGGACGAUGAAGGUCGGUGCCGUGAGAGUAGGCGAUCUACCGUGACUCUACUUCCGGAAAGGUGGAGCAAUAGCUUCGUUGCGACCCAUCACAUACGCGAGGCACUAGCGGAAUUGAUCUACAUGAUGGACAGCGUGGGGGGCAUGCAAGUGAGGAGCUGGACGAUCCAGUCAAACUUCAUAAAGAAGAUCGUUCUUGAUCAAGAAUCUCGGGAGAAGAGGCACAAGUUCAUUCGUAAUCCAAUCGAGAAUCGGCAGGAGUCCAAGGUCAUGGCAGCGCUACGCAACUUUUCUCGUGCAAGCGGGUUCAAUGUAUUGGACUUGGUGAAAGCCCGCGAGUACUACACAGGGCCCGACUUCCUGGAAAAGGCGAGGCGCGAUCGGGAGCGCGGAAGUGCUGCGCUUUCUGGAGCACUGUGA